CUCGAAUCAAAACGGGUUUUACAACGAUUAUUUUGCGCGUAAUUUGCUGUUUUAGACAUCAUAGAGACGCCAGACACAGCGCGCGCCGUCGAUUUGUCUCCCCUGCACUGCCGCCGCCGCUUGCUACUUGUUUCCGCGCCUUUCCGCGGCCUCAAAUACCGCAUUUGCGCUGUCCGCAGCCUCAGCUUAAAAUACGAAACACAAACGCCAUGACGAUGCGCGCCGUCCUUCUCUACGCCGCCGCGGCGCUGCUCGCCAAGGCCGACGACCCCUGGGGCCUCGAGCACAAAGACGCCUACGACGUGUUGAAAGUGCCAUUCGACGCGUCGCGCGAGCAGAUCAAGCAGGCGUACAAGGCGCGGUCGAAGGAGCUGCAUCCCGAUAAACUGAGGAAAAGCGAUAACGAACCAUUUCGCCAGCUGCGCAAGGCCUAUGAUAUUGUGGGCUUUCCCCGCUCCAAAAAGAAGUACGACAAGGAGGCCCGAAAGAGGCACAAGCACGCGCCGCGGCGCGCGGAGAACACGCUCGCGGCGGACCUGGCGGGCGACCGCAAGCCCAUCAAUGUCGUGGUGGGGCGGUUGGAGAGCGGCCGCGCGCUCUUGUUGGACGAGGCCCUGGUGUCGCGGGACGGCUCGCACGAAGCGCGCUUCGAAGUGGACGGGAAUCUGCGGGUGAGGGAAGCCGGUUCUCGCUCCAUAGUCUGGCAGACCUUCGCCAAGCCGACGCGGGCGAAGCACGGCUUCGGCUGGCUCCUGCUGCAGCACGACGGCAACCUCGUGCUUAAUAGUGGAGACAAGGGCCACGUCGAGAGCGUGAUCUGGUCUUCCAACUCGGCGGACCCCGGUGCUUCGAAAAGUUAUUUGGAGCUCGACGACGACGGCGGGUUGAGGGUGCAUCGGAGGACGGCGGACAACGCCUACGCGCCGUGCGCGUGGGGCUCGAUGGGCUGCGGCGGCGGCCUCGCGCCCGUGCGGAACUCGAUUAGGGUGCUGUUGCGGUCCAUGUUCUACCCGUCGGCGCUGAACCGCAAGAAGGGCGUCCUCUCGUCGCUGGUUGGUUUUCUCAAACGGUGCUUCUUCCUCUAAGUUGUGUAACAAAAUCAUUAGUACUACAGCCUA